AUGGAUAAUUUACAAAGUCUGGAUCCUAGGAAGCAAGAAUUAUUAGAGGCUCGCUUCUUGGGAAGCAGGAUGGCAACUUCGCAUUGUUUCAAAAACAGGGAUGAGUUUCAGCCUCUGAACCAACAUGGCCAAUCACAACCACAACCACAGGGAACACCAGUACAACAAACACAACAUAAUUUGCAGGUAUCACAUUCAGACAACAACUCCAAUUUGAGUACUGGAUCUAUAGAACUGAAAGAUGAUGAUAUGCCACAGACGCCUGACAAGGCAAAAACGCCAACAGAUCGGAAGCGGAAACGAAAAAAUACUGUAGAUAAUAAUUGUGAAGCAGGUGCAGCAUUAAAGGUGGUUCGUCCAGAAGCAAAUGGGAAGAAAAUUAAUGAAUAUUUUAAGCAGAGUCAGUCCCCUGGACGAAGUAGUGGCGUCAGUUCCACUGGGGCCAAGUCUCCCUCUCCACAAGCAAUGCAAUAUUAUGGUUUUGCAAGUGCAUCACCACAGAGUAGUCAGACACAAAGCCAUGGUAGCCUGACCAGCUCUGAUAGCAUUACAUUUCCAGGACGAUCGGCAGCAACAACGACGUGUACAUGUUCCAAGUCUGCACAGACGGAUCUAACGUUGGUCCAGCUACACGCUAUUGAAUCCAAGUCAACCUCGGAUCUGGAACAGAAGGACAGCAGAAUAGAAGAACUCAUUAGGCAAAAUGAUGAAUUGAGGAGGCAACUUACAGCACAACAAAAAUUAUUGGAAAAACACAAAGAAAAUCUUCAGAAAUGUUUAGAAGUUAAUAAAUCUCUUUUAAUAGAAAAAAGUCUUUUAGAAAAGAAAACUACGCGGCAGAAAUGUAUGGAAAAUCGUUUACGGCUAGGGCAGUUUGUGACGCAAAGACAAGGGGCUUCAUUUGUUGAAAAUUGGGUAGAUGGUUGGGCUUUCACAGACUUAAUAAAACAACAAGAAAAAAUAGCUUCAGAAAGGGAAGAUAUAGAAAAACAGAGAAAACUUCUUGUCAAGAAAAAACCACCAAGUUCAUCAAUGUUAGCAAAAAAUUCCAAACAUGAAAAUUUUCUAAAACCAGGUGAAAAAUGGUUAACGUUGGUAGAAUAUUAUGAACAAGAUGAAAUCUUAAAAUUACGUCAAGCAGCAUUAAAAAAAGAGGAUGCUGAUUUACAAUUAGAGUUGGAAAAGUUGGAACGAGAACGGAAUCUACAUAUACGAGAGCUGAAACGGAUACAUAAUGAAGAUAAUUCUAGAUUUAAAGAUCACCCUAUCUUGAAUGAACGGUAUCUGCUGCUGUGUUUGUUAGGAAAAGGUGGUUUUAGUGAAGUACAUAAGGGAUUUGAUUUAAAAGAACAGAGAUAUGUUGCCUGUAAAAUACAUCAACUUAACAAAGACUGGAAGGAUGAUAAAAAAGCAAAUUAUAUCAAGCAUGCGUUGCGGGAGUAUAACAUACACAAAAGCCUUGACCAUCCCCGGAUUGUACGGCUUUAUGAUGUUUUUGAAAUAGAUACUAAUUCCUUCUGUACUGUGUUAGAAUACUGUGAUGGCAACGACUUGGAUUUCUACCUCAAGCAGAACAAGUGCAUCCCAGAGAAGGAGGCACGCUCUAUUAUCUGUCAGACAGUUAGUGCUCUCAAAUAUCUAAAUGAAAUUAAGCCUCCUGUGAUACAUUAUGACUUAAAACCUGGUAAUAUUUUACUAGGUAGUGGGUCAGUGAGUGGAGAGAUUAAAAUUACAGACUUUGGUCUUAGCAAGAUCAUGGAUGAUGAGAAUUAUUCUGAUGCAGGCAUGGACCUAACGUCGCAAGGUGCUGGUACUUAUUGGUAUUUGCCACCAGAAUGUUUUGUGGUUGGCAAAACUCCUCCAAAAAUUUCUUCCCGAGUCGAUGUCUGGUCUGUAGGUGUGAUAUUUUACCAGUGCCUAUAUGGUAAAAAGCCUUUUGGGCACAACUUGUCUCAAGCAGCCAUUCUUGAAGAAAACACAAUAUUGAAAGCUACAGAUGUGGAAUUCCCUUCACGACCACCUGUUAGUAGUGAAGCUAAGUCAUUUAUUAGGAAAUGUUUACAAUACAGAAAGGAAGACAGGCCUGAUGUGUUAACACUUUCCUUUGAUGACUAUCUCAAGCCAGCAGCUUUAAAGUCAAAGUGCUUUGUCAUUGAUCUUGCCUAA